UUUCUCGCGAGUGAAUAUUGUGUGAGUGCAACAAGGAAAUCUGAGAGGAAGAGGAGGACUGGGAGGCAUCGGACAAUGGCGGAGCAACCACGCGAUCUCGACAAGAGUACACGCACGAAACAGUAUAUAACUACGUCGACUACUAUCCCGCCUCUUGUACACGUCCCGAACGAUAGUUUGCCAGAGAUACGGACGAGUCCUUCAGGACUCGCAAACCCAACGGCUGGCCACGGCGCCCACGGGAGAAACCCCAGGAACUAUUCUCGAACAGUGAGGAGCAGCGGAACUUCCGAAUCCUGCGAACUGCAACUACCGCAGUUAUCCACGUCGCUGUUUUUGAUAAGGAUAUUAAUAAAGUUUAACACCCAUGGCACUCGCACGAUACCGACAGCGCACAAAGAGGGAGAUAGGGCAACAGAUGCUAUAGGCAGAGAGAACGAAGUUCGGACACCAUCGGGACGUGUAACAUCCCUUAACGUCAUACAGCGGCACGAAUGUGAUUGUCUUCGAGAUUUUAUGUUAUAAUACGUAAGUACAUUUUUGUCUUUCGAUAUAUCAUUUUAUGAAAAUUGAUACAGAAACUGCUAUUGAUUUUCAAACGU